AGUGUGGCUUUGGACGUUUUUACUUCUGGUUACUUCUGGUAAUCCGGUCAGCUUUUAAUUUAUUAAUUGACCAAUUCGUAAUUAUUCAAGAUAUAUUACCUUUUCAUAUAUUGUAAAACUUAUUGAUAAGGUAUUUAUAUCAAAAGACAGUUUGACACUUUCACAUUUUGACAUCAGCUAUGGCCGAAAACGAAUUAAUUGAUAACGGCGACAUGGAUGAAAACUUCCAGGACGAUGUAGAUUUUGACGAAGAAAGUAGAGACGGUAUAAAGGAUUUUCCUGGUCGUGGACGCGGUGGAGCCAGAGGAGGCUUUGGAUGGGCAGGCCCUCCUCCUGGAGGCCCUAGAGAAGGCCCGCCACCCAGGUUUCGAGGGAGGGGCUUCGGCCCACCGCCAGGUAUGUUUCGUGGAGGUCGAGGUGGCCCACCACCUUUAUUUAGAGGAGGACCACCACCCCGUGGUCCACCAGGAUUUAAUGGUCCACCAAAUUUUGGUAAUGGUCCUAAUUGGGGCCCACCUGGAAGUGUAGCAGGUGGACCACCAAGCCUUAUGGGUGCUCCUGGGGGUCCACCAUUUGGAGGUCCUAUGAUGAAUGGGCCUCCUACAAGUGGUGUAAAUAGUGGGCCGGUUCCGAACAGUGCAUCAUCAAAUCAGUUUCCAGGUUCAUCUACAAAUUCUGGUGCACCGGUUAUAGAUCCAAAUUCAGAAAUAUGGGUAGAGACAAAAACCGCUGAAGGAAAGUCAUAUUUUUAUAAUGCUCGAUCAAGGGAAACAACUUGGACUAAACCAGAAGGUCCAAACAUAAAAGUUAUAUCACAGGAUCAAGUUGAAGCUAUGGCUCAAGCAGCAAACACUGGCAUUCCACAAAAUACAUCAACUGCUGCACAAGCUGCUUUAGCUCAAGCAAGUGUGACUAACAAACCAGAUGAAUCAGAUGAGUUGCAAGAUUCUUCCGCUAAACCCAUUGCUCCUAAUAGUCAACCACCACCUUCCAAUCUAAUGCAAGGUCCGCCACCUGGUAUGCCAUUUGGGCCACCUCCUGGCCAGUUUCCCCCAUUUGGAAUGCCACCAUUUGGUAUGCCACCUCCAGGACAAGGACCGCCAGGUGGAUGGGUGCCGCCAGGUGGUGCUCCUUGGAAUAUCCCCUCAGGCAUUAUUCCACCAAUGAAUAUUCCCAGUGCUCUGCCAGCUAUUAAUGAAGCUGAAGUCAUGUCAAAAAUUGAUCCCGAUAUAAUAGCCAAGGCCUCUGAAUGGACGGAACACAAAGCACCCGAUGGACGUUUUUACUAUUACAAUGCCAAAAAAUCAGAGUCAGUCUGGGAGAAACCUCAGCCUAUGAAAGAUCUGGAAAGUAUUUUGCUAGCGGCCAAACUAGCUGCUGCUCAAGGUAUUUCAACACGAUCAACCGACGCUGGAACUGCUCAGAGUAAUUCAGAUACAGGUAAGGUAUCUAGUACACCAGCAGAUACAUCCAAGCAAGAGACGCAGCAGGACAAGGAACAGGAGACCAAAGAGAAAUUGGAGAAAAUACAGGAGGAAAUUAGGAAGAAAAAGGAAGAAGAGGAAAAAUCUAAGGAGCAGAAGGCACAAGAUAAGUCACGCCCAGUGUCUAGUACUCCAGUUCCAGGUACACCAUGGUGUGUUGUUUGGACUGGAGAUGGGCGUGUGUUUUUCUACAAUCCUUCUUCUCGUACAUCAGUUUGGGAGAGACCUGAGGAACUUUUGAAACGUUCAGAUGUGGAUAAAAUGGUUGCUACGCCUCCAGACGCAUUAGCUUCAACUGUUUCCAAACCAGAAGAAUGCAAAACACCAGUAAAAACUAAGAGAACUUCGGAAGAUAGCGAUAGCGAAAAAGAAACCCCUGCUAAAAAAAUGAAAACCGAUACUGGUUCUAGUUCAACACCUGUAACUAAUGGAGCAUCAAAUACAAAGAAGAUUGAUAUAGGUAAGGAAGCUGCAAUAGAAGCAGAAGUGAGAGCGGCAAAGGAAAGAGCGGUAAUACCCUUAGAUACGCGCAUUAAGUUAUUCAAGGAAAUGCUGGCUGAAAAACAGGUAUCAGCUUUUAGCACAUGGGAGAAGGAAUUACACAAAAUUGUUUUUGAUUCUAGGUAUUUACUAUUAACAUCCAAAGAAAGAAAGCAAGUGUUUGAAAAGUAUGUAAAGGAAAGAGCUGAAGAAGAGAGAAGAGAAAAAAGAAACAAAUUAAGAGAGAGAAAAGAUGCUUUUAGAAAACUUCUUGGUGAGGCACAUUUACAUGGCAAAUCUUCAUUCAGCGAUUUUGCUCAAAAAUACGCCAAGGAGGAACGUUUUAAAGGGGUAGAAAAAAUGCGCGAAAGAGAAAGUCUAUUUAAUGAAUUUCUAAUUGAGGUACGGAAGAAAGAGAAGGAAGAAAAGUUUCUAAAAAGAGAAGCGAUUAAGAAAGACUUUUUCACUAUGCUUCGAGAGCACUCCGACAUCGACCGACAUUCUCAUUGGUCUGAUGUUAAGAGGAAGGUAGACACCGAUCCCAGAUACAAAGCUGUAGACUCGCAUGGAAUGAGAGAAGACUGGUUUAGAGAAUACUGUAAAAUUCUAAAGGAAGAAAAGAGAAGAAGGAAAGAGGAACGAGAAAAGGAAAAAAGCAAGGAGAAGCACAAGAAAAGAGAUAAGGAGAAGAAGGAUAAAGACAAGCGUGAAAAGGAAAAAGAAAAGGAGUCUAGAGAAGAAACAUCUGAGCCUAUGGACGAAGGCGACAAAGAGAGAAACGAAGAUGAUGCUGCCUCUGGUAAGGAAGUCGAUGAAGCAGAACAAGAUCACGAUUCGGAGGAUGAGAAGGUUAAAGAGGAAAAAGAAAAGGAUAGGCAAGCAAGAGCAGAAGCUAGUCUAAGAAAAAGAGAAGAAGAAGUACAAAGGACUUUGGCUACUCAUAUGAGAGAUAGGGAUAAAGAAAGGGAGCAACAUAAGAGAGACGAAGCUAGACAGCAUUUUAAUGCAUUGCUUGUCGACCUCGUCCGUAAUUCCGACUUGAGCUGGAAAGAAGUCAAAAGGAUUCUUCGUAAAGAUCACAGAUGGGAUUUAGCUGACUCGUUAUCGCGAGAGGAUAAAGAAAAACUGUUCAAUGAGCACAUUGAACAACUUUUGAAAAAGAAACGCCAAAGCUUUAGAGAAAUGUUAGAUGAAACAGCAGAAGUUACUUUAAUAAGCACCUGGAAAGAAAUUAAAAAGAUUGUAAAAGAAGAUCCAAGAUAUUCCAAGUUUCCCACUAGCGAAAGGUGUGAACGAGAAUUUAAGGAUUAUCUAAAAGAUAAACUUAUGACGGCAAAAGGACAGUUCAAAGAAUUACUACAGGAAACGAAAUUAAUAACACACAAGUCACUUAAUCUUUUAAGAGAAAAUCAAAACCACAUGCAAGAAGUUGAGGAUAUUUUGAAGAAUGAUAAAAGAUAUUUGGUUCUGGAUCACAUUCCACAAGAGCGCACUCAAUUAAUUUUAAAUUAUUUAGAAGAAUUAGACAGACGAGGACCGCCCCCUCCGCCCACAGCUAGUGAACCUAAUCGAAGAAUGAAAUAAAUUAAUUUUUAUGAUUGAAGUUUUCUGUUUUAUAAAGUUGAAAUUAGGUUUGUUUUGGUUAAUGGGCUAGGAAAAACAGAUUUUUUAUAUAAUCAUAAACAUGCGCUAGUCAUAAUAUUUUAUGCACUAAUUCAGUUAUUUUUAAUACAUAAUUAAAAUAUAUGUAAAUGAGAUUUCUAUUUUUAAUAAAUAAUAUAGACUCUGUACUGAUUAUAAAUGUCAUUAAAAGGGGCCAUCCAUAAAUUACGUCACACGUUAAAGGGGGGAGGGGGAUUAAAAGUUUUGUGACACGUUAAAAUUUAAAAAGCUUUAAAACUUUUCGACUUUGAUCUAUAUUUAUUAAUAAUUUAGCACAAGUGUGACGUCACAUCAGUGGGAGGGGGUUCUAAAAAUACGACCUGUGACAAGGACGGGGGAAGGGGUUCAAAAGUCCUAAAAUUCGUGUGACGUAAUUUAUGGAUGGCCCCAAAUAAAUACAGGGUAACCCACUGUUCUUAAAAGAUGUUAAUUUUUUUAUAUAUAAUAUGGUGAUCGAAACCAUUUACACACUAAACACAGGUGUAUUUUUUAAAUCAAAUACAGAUUGUCCAAAGAGAAAAUUGCAUGGCGCGAUUGCGACAGCCUAACUAUUAUACUGGACCAUCAAAGAAUUUUAUGAUCAAGUAGGUAAUUAAGGAUUGUCCUCACACAACAUGCUUGAUCAUAAACUUUCAUUCCACAAAAAUGAAAUUAAAAGUCUAAAGCUUCAUUCAGAACCUCGAAAUUAGUAGUUUCAAUUUGUGUAGAAGUUUGUAAGUAGUAAUGUAGACCUGUUGUUUGCUCUAAUUUCAAUAUAAGUGUUCAGAACGUCUAAAUUUACGGUACUAAUUUUCAUUAGUAAAAAAAGUUAACCACUAAUUAUAGUUCAAAAUUUGCGAGUAAUGCCAUGUUGGCCUUUGAUUAUUAUCCAUGAAGAGAAAUUGAGGUUAGAAGUAAAAAAAAUAUUAUUUUAUAAGCUAAUUAUUAGGCUUUUACUGUGGAUACAACUGACUACCGCAAGCUGUCACUAGGAUAUUCUACUCAUUUUAAUUGUAUUUUUUUAUGUUGUGAUUGUAAACUCUUAAAUAUAAAAUAUAAUUGAAACCAUUAAUUUCGAGGUUCCAAAUUAAGCUUUCAACAGGAAACAAUAAAGAUCUCUUCAUAAUGUUUCCUGUUUAAGAUUUUGAAACCUUUUUUUCUGAUUAUGAAACAGUGGGUUAACAGGCUUUAUAUGUAUAUGUAUGUCACAUUUUGUUUUUAUUAAAAUGGCCCUAGAUCUAUGAAUUUUUGAAAGAAUAAAUUCAAGUUGAAAUCA